CUCCGUACGCGUUCACAUCAAUGAAGUGGGUUACCUUAAAUGCCCGAAUGGUGGCGGGAGUCGACACCAGAGACCGAAGAAGGUAGAGGUCCAGUAGUACGCAUUCAACCACAUCGCUGUGAGGAUUCGGUAAGAUUGUUGCUGCUGUUAUCGUCAUUGAUUUCCAACUAUUACAGUUUUUAACAUGUCUAAUUGUCCAAAGUGUGACAAGCCUGUUUAUUUCGCCGAACGGAAAACAUCUAUUGGUAAAGACUGGCAUGGAUGCUGCUUGAGAUGUGAAAAAUGCAACAAGACUUUAAAUCCUGGCAGUCACGCUGAGCAUGAAGGGAAACCUUAUUGUAACAAGCCAUGUUACGCAGCGCUUUUUGGACCAGGAGGAUUUGGUCGUGGUGGUACUGAAAGUUAUGUUUAUACAAAUAAUGUGAAGACUAAGAAAGUGUAAUACUAGAUUGAAAUAAAAUAAGUAGAAAAAUGGUUAUUAUAAA